UCACUGUCCAAUCUUUCCACCAAGUGUAUUUUCAGUGCAGCCCAGCACGCCAAGCAUGGGUUGAUCGAGUUUCAGGCCACUCUUCAAAGAGAUGACACGCGUCUCGGUGGUUACUGGCUCGGAGCAUGUUUGGUCAUCUUCGAUCCUGGCUGAGGCCUGGUCUUUGGGGCCGAGCGAUGGCCAGCGAGGCUCCGCGGCCCAGCAAAAGGAUCCGCCUGACAGAUGAGCCGUGCAUUGUGGCAAUGCAACGAAUGCUCCGUGGCAAGGAGGGCAUCAUGUCACUGGCGCAGGGCAUCGUCCACUGGGCGCCACCGCCCGAAGCCUUAGAGGCUGUGAGGACCGCGGCAGAUGAGCCGGAUACCAACUCCUAUUGUGCGGAUGAUGGUUUGCCCAGCCUUCGUGCAGCUUUGAAGGAGAAGCUGCGCAAGGAGAAUGGGCUUGAUGGUGUAGAGGUGAUGGUUACAGCCGGAGCCAAUCAAGGCUACACCAACUUGGUUUGUGCCCUCCUUGACGAGGAGGACUCGGCGGUCCUGUUCAGACCGUUCUACUUCAAUCAUCGGAUGGCUCUUCAGAUGACUGGCGGCCAUGCCAAUGUUGUGCUGGCUCCAUCGACAAAGGAUUAUUUACCUGACGUCGAGUGGGUGGAGCAGAGGUUGAGUCAGCCUCCAUCCGGCGAGAGAAUACGCAUGAUUACGAUUGUCAAUCCAGGCAAUCCCACGGGCAUGAUCAUCCCAAAAGCUUUGCUGGAACGUUUUUCUGCUGUGUGUCAGCGACAUGGCGUUUGGCUGGUUGUGGACAACACCUACGAGCACUUCACCUAUGAAGAGGAAGGACACGCACCCCAUGCUUGCAUUAGCGGCGAUCAUGUGGUGAACGUCUUCUCCUUCAGCAAGGCCUUUGGGAUGAUGGGUUGGAGAAUAGGCUACCUAGCCUUUCCCCCAGAGCUGACGCCUGAGCUGAUGAAGGUCCAGGACACCAUCGCCAUUUGUCCGGCGGUGGCCUCGCAGAAGGCCGCCCUGGCGGCCAUGGAGUCGGGACGGCCCUGGGUGAAGGAGAGGGUGCGGGGCUUGUCGGAGAACCGGCGCCUGGUGGUCGCUGCAGUGGAAGAGACGUUGGGCAAAGGCGCCGUCGCAGGUGGUUCUGGGGCGAUCUAUUUGAUGGCAAAGCUACCUGCAGGAUUUGAGAACGACACCCGUGUGGUUGAGUGGCUAAGUGACAAGCACCGCGUUUGCGCCAUUCCUGGCUCCGCUUGUGGCGCUCCGGGUGAGCUGCGGCUGUGCUACGCCAACCUGCCGCCCGCGAAGUGCGCGCAGGCAGCGGAGCGGCUCAAGGCUGGUCUAGCGGAGCUGGUGAAGGGAGGCCCUGACCUUGUGCAGUGAAAAAAGCGCCCUGAUGGAGCUCCCAGGAGCGUGUGAAGAGCCACAACUUUUGGUCUUUUGGUGUCAUUUUCGG